GCGGAGCGGAAUUCCUCACUUCCGAGUCACAAAUGCAACCACAACAGCACAAGCACGGUGGCGAUGGGGAGGCGAAGGUCAAGCCAUGUUGGAUAACCAUGCCAGCAUGCGGCUGUGGAACCCCACUCGGUUUCGCCACUGGGAUUCUGCCCCCCCUCUCACUGAUGAUGGCUCCGCGCUGCCAGGGUGGAAGACGUGCACUCUCAUUUCUUCAUUUCCGCGUGUAGCAGGGAGGCGGGUGCAUCUUCGGCCAUCUCAUGAGCAGGAGCAUCAACGACAACAACGACAGCAGCAACAACGGCCAGAAGAACACGUCCCUUUCAUUCCCAUGCCGCUUGAGCACGCCACAGGAGCACAUUGAACGAUGGAUGUGGAGCUGUUCUGUAAUGCGUGCCUCACAGGCGACCUUGCCACCGUGCAGAACCAAUGCACGCUGCACUCCAACGAACAGCUCGACCAGCGCAACAGCAAAGGUUUAGCAGCGUUGCACUGUGCGACGGAGGGUGAGCAUGGAGCGGUUGUGCAACUGUUGCUGGAGUCUGGCGCAGAUCUCAACGUGACGAGCAGAGGGCGGUCCACGCCGCUCCAUCUUGCAGCCAGAAACGGCAACGAAGCCAUUGCUCGCGACCUCAUUGAACGUGGUGCUACAAUCCUCGCCAGCAACAACAAGGGCUGGACACCACUUCAUGUGGCUUGCUCCGCUGGGCACUUGCCAAUUGUGCAACUGCUGAUUGUCGAGCAUGCCGUUGACGUCAACCUACUCACAACACGCCAUCGGGAGACGCCUAUCUUUAUUGCGGCUUUUCAAGGCCGAGAGGAGAUUGUUCACUUCCUUGUUGAGCACGGCGCCAACGUCAACCUGAAGAACCAUCUGGGGAGCUUGCCAAUCCACGCCGCUUGCUACAACCGACACGAGCGAAUUGUGCAAGCGCUUCUGAAGUGCGGUGCUGCUGCGGACGAAUCGUCCGAUUUGGGCUCCACGCCCCUGAUUUUGGCGUCCAUCUCGAACCACCUUGCUACGGCGCAACUGCUCGUGGCACACGGCGUGGACGUGAACAAAGAGAGCAAGGCAAACACCGCCUUGCAUUCGAGCGCCCGCCGCGGUCAUGUGGAGAUGAUGCGGUUCCUGCUUCAGAACGGCGCUGACGUCAAUGCUGCGGUCGGCACGGACUUGAUCACACCGCUGUACACAGCAGUGAAGAACGGGCACGAAGAGGCAGCGCGCUUUCUGCUGCAAAAUGGCGCCCACCUCAAAGUCAGCAGGCCUUUCGAUGCGAUGUUCGUCGCCUGCAUCGUCAACCAGCUGCCGUUGGUGUCGCUGCUCUUUGAGUUUGGUGUAGAUGUCAACGCCAUCGAUCAAGAGGGUUCAACCGCGCUGUUUCUCGCGUGCUGGCAUGGCCACGACUCAAUCAUCCACUUCCUCCUUGAGAGGGGUGCCGAUGUCACGAUCAUCGACUUUCUUGGAAACACGGCGCUGCAUUAUGCGUGUGAUGGGGGCCACGAAACGGCUGCACGGAUGCUCCUUGAAAGAGGCGCUGAUGUAAACGCCGCCGACCACGAUGGUUUGGUGCCGUUGGCUCCCGUGGUCUCCAAUGGCCGCGAAGCACUUGCACGGCUCCUCAUCAGCGCGGGCGCCGACGUUAAUGUUCCCGGAGUUGAUGGCGAUUCUCCGCUCCACUUGGCUUGUUCCCAUGGCCAGGAAGAAAUUGCUCGCAUGCUGCUGGACCACGGAGCAGACGUGCACGCGCUCAACAUCGAUGGUGACACGCCGUUGCACAGCGCCUGCCGGGAUGGGCAUGAGGCCGUUGUGCGCCUCCUGUGCGAACGGGGCGCUGACAUCCACGUCACCAACGACGAGGGCCACACGACAAUGCACUCCGCAUGCCUGGGGGCGCACGAAGAAAUUGCGCAGCUUCUGUGCGAAAUGGGCGCUGACAUUCACACGACCGACAAUAUGGGCGAUACACCGCUGGCUGAAGCGUGCGCUCUGGGUGCCGAGACGCUUGCUCGCUACCUUGUGGAUCGCGGCGCCAACAUUCAUGCAGCAAACCUCGAGGGCUGGAUGCCGCUGCACACUGCCUGCUCACGAGGACAUGACAACUUGGUCGACUUUCUCGUUGGAGCUGGUGCUGAUGUGAAUGCAAGGACCCACACGCAACGAACGCCUCUACACUAUGCAUGCGGAGAAGGACACGAGGGCAUCGCCCGCUUUCUCGUGCAGAGCGGCUCGGACGUGAACGCCACAGAGAUCCGGGGGGAGACGCCCCUCUCGUUUGUCUGCGAUCCUGUCACCCGCACUCCCCGAGAAGAAGAAAUGGAACACACAGGCAACGAAGAGAGUGUCCCGAGCUCCACUGAUGACAAUUCCGAGGAUGACGGGGGGCGCAACGGCAACGAUGGCGGAGGCAGCAAUGACAGCGAUGAUAGGAACAUGAGCGAAGUUGUGGAUGAUGAAACACGACGCACGCGCGUUGAUGUGCUGCUUGCUCCAAUUGCACAGCUGCUUCUGGAGACUGGUGCAGAGGUCAACGUCACCAACAUCCAUGGGCUGACACCACUGCAUCAAGCUGCUGAGAACCACCUGCCACGCGUGGCUCACUGGCUGCUUGCGUUUGGCGCAAACGUUAACGCCUUGCUGAGUGGGCGCACGAUGGAUAGCGCCUACCCUCAACAAGCCACACCGUUGUUUGUAGCAGCAAUGAAUGGCGCCGCACCCAUGGUGGAGCUGCUGCUUUCCAACGGCGCUGACGCAAGCAUUGCUGCAGCGGAUGGAGCAACGCCCCUUCAAGUUGCAGAGGAGAGGGGGUAUGAUCACAUUGCCUCCAUGCUGCAAGAGGCACUCCUCCGCUCUUGAUUGCACGUGCUUGCGUGGUGAUGUGUGCUAUGUAUGAUUGCGUACUUGUGUACAAUGAUGAAUGCGUGUGUACGCGUGUCAUGGUUGCCUGUUUGCUUGUCCCUAUGAGCUGCCUUGUGGUGUUUGCGCGUACGAGUGCUUGCAGUUUGUGUGUGUGUUUGUGUUUGUGUGUGUGUGUGUGGGUGUGUUUGUGGGGUUCACCCAACAAGUAAAGCAACAGCGUGCAUGGAUGAUCGAUUGAUUCAUGAAUCACUGACCGGGGCACAACUCCACGAUUCCCAUGCUUGCUGCGAAAGCG